AUGGUUACUUCUAGAGACGUUCAAGAAAUCGUCUCUAAGCUUUCCUCCGAUAAAGCCAAAGCUCGAGAAGAGGGAGUAAAGUUGUUGAAUACAUGGCUAGAGGGUGGCGAAAGAUCGAUGAGGUUUUGCAAGUACCUUGGACUGAAUACUGCAAAGCUUGAACCGAAUGAAAUUCCUCACUCGGAAACGUGGCCAUUUUUAGUCACAUUGCUCAUACAAUGUGUGUCAUCUGAGAUAUCUUCCAGCAAAAGGAGAUUGCCAAAGGCAAGUUUUGCAAAGACUAUGCGAAUUGUCAUUCAACGAGCUGAAGAUGCUAAGUUUUCAGGCAAGGCUUUGCCUUUGUUACCCAUGGUUAAAACACUCUUUAAUCACAUAUCGGAUGUCUUGAGCAAUGUUCCAAGCUUUCAGUCAGAAUAUGGGAUUAUACUUCGGCAUCUAUUGGCAGUUAGAGAUUAUCGUUUUCACUUGAGGAAUCGGAUUUAUUGCAGUGAGUUCUCUGCAUUCUCACUUGAUUUUGAAAAAGGCCUGGUGCUGCUAUAUAUAGAGAAGGUGGUUGCAAGCUUAGAUGCGAAUAGUAGCAGUCAAUGUAAUCCAAAAGAGGAGGUCUUUCGCUGCAUACUCACACUCCAUUCACUUUUGGAAAAUCCUCCUGGAGAUUUCCCUGUUGAUGUUCAGGAGGACAUUGUUAAGGGGGAGGAGGGAAAGGUUUCACGCAAACUUAUUGAGUGUAUAAAUACAUACUUGUUAAAGGAUGGUCCAAAUUUGGGCUCCCAGCCUUUGGAGAUUCAUAAUGCUGUGCAACAAUUCGUAUUCCGUUGUUGGCUUGCUACCCAUGACCGUGGCCUUAAGGAUGCACUUAUAUUCUAUGCAAGGCUGCAGCUAAAUCUUUUAAGAGGUGCUACUGAUGGAAGUUCUUUGGUACAACAACUUUUGGAUCUGGUAUGUAAGGAACUAGAUCAAAGCAGUUUAUCUUGUGGAAGUGCACCUAGGUCGGAUGCAACCAAGGAUUACAAGUUUGGAGCUUUGACUGGUUCACAACGUGGUUUGGUGGAACUUGCAGCCCUAGCAUGUGUUAGUACAGCUAAAACACCAUCAACCGAAAAGCGGGUCAAGAGGGAGCCUGCAGCAGCCCUUUUAAAGGAGGCACUUAUGAAAGGAAAAUCGUUAUGUGGUAUUAACAAUAUGGACUAA